CCUUUCGACUUCGCGUUAAAUACGUUCAGUUGUGUUAGAGAUGAUGAAUAUCUCGUCCAAAGAAGAGAGAUCGAUGUACCACCAUUUGCAUGUCGUUUUAGUCGUGCUGGUCUCGGUGGACAUAUGUUGGGGAUUGCUGAUGAAGAAGGUUGGGUUCAAAUACUGGAUUCAAGGAGAACAUCUCCAAAAUCACUCAUAAAAGAAUGGAAUGCUCAUGAGAAUGCAGUGUUUGAUAUUGCAUGGAUGCACUGGGAGCAAUAUAUGGUUACAGCAUCUGGUGACCAGACAGUGAGACUUUGGGAUGUCAACCGCGAUGACUGCUUGGCAGUGUUCAAGGGGCACACUUGUAGCGUGAAAUCUGUGGACUUCAGAGAAGAUGACAUCUUUGUCUUUGCCUCAGGUGCAAGAGACGGCAAUGUGAUGGUAUGGGACAUGAGAUGUAAUCGUCGCUCAGGACACUUUAGUCAACCUGUUAAUAUAAUAAGCAAUGCACAUGCAGAGAAACUCCCUGGGACACCACAAACAAUGAAAAAGAAAUCCAGAAGGUCAACCUCUUCGCGACCAGUUAUGAAUUCCGGCCAGCAAAGUGUAACAGCAGUGCUAUUCCAAGGAGGGGAGAAACUCAUAUCAGCUGGAGCAAUGGAUGGUAGUAUCAAGAUCUGGGACCUGCGUAAAACCUAUACCAACCUCAAAGCAGACCCACUUCCUUUUCACACUUUUCCUUACCCAGAGCAAGGAGUCAGGAGAAAACAUGGUUUUUCAUCGCUUGUCUUGGACUCCAACCACUCAUCCUUAUUUGCAAGCUGUACAGAUGACAAAAUCUACAUGUACAGCUGCACUGCAUUAGGUCAGGAGCCUGUGUGUACUUUCACAGGUCACAUGAACUCCACUUUUUACGUCAAAGCAGCUCUCAGUCCUGAUGACAUGUACUUACUCAGUGGAUCAAGUAACAACGAUGCCUUCAUAUGGAGGGUGUCAGACCCUACUGCCCCACCCACCCUGCUAAAGGGACACCUUGGAGAGGUGACAAGUGUUGCAUGGUGUCCAUCUGAUCAGGGAAAGGUUAUAACUUGUUCAGAUGAUAACAGCUUUAGAAUAUGGAGAAUGGAUUGCAGAACAAAUAACAGUGAUAAACAUGAUGUCAUUGGCGAGAGCUGUAGAGGAACUGGCACAGGAUCUCAUUCUCCCAUCAAUGAAGCUUCAAGUCCAUCAAGAUUUCAUAGAACACCAAGUCCUUCUCCCAACAACAGCCCUGAUUCAAAGAGAUUACUCUGGACCCCACUAUCAAAAGUCAUCACCAAUCCAAGAUUAAAUAAAAUCUCCAGUCCUGUUGGAAAGGUGUCUCCCAAAUUGCAGAGCUCCCAUAAAAUAAGCUCGCAAAAGACACAAAAUCUUCAAAUGCAAUCUUUGUCUCCAAAGCUUUCUACAAGUUUGCAAAACCUGACAACAGGUCCAUCACCUCACGUGGUUCCUAAUAAGAACUCAGAUUCUCAGAUAGUGCCUUCCUCUGUCUCCUUUCCCUCCUCUUCUGGAUCCCAGUCAUCACCCUGCUCCAGCCCUAAGUCACCUGCUGCCUCAAAGUUUCACAGCCCAACUCAAUUGCUGACAUCCUGGUUAAAAUCAAAUUCAAGAAAGCGAUGUCACAGUGACAGUGAUGACCAAUUAAAUCACCAGAUCCAGUCUGUUACAGCUCAGAAAUGCUCUGACAUGACACAGAAAGCUGUUAAUUCUUUACAAGAUGUCAAACAACCAAACCAAACUGCCAAAAAUAAAAGACAAGAAUACAGGACUGAGGAUAAAACUGAAAAUACUCAUUUCAAUGGACAAAAGAAUGUUUCAGUGUUGCCUCUCAGGAAAAGAUUAUGCAUCAGUGAUCCCUUAAAUUCAAAUGCAGGCCAUGUGGGAAUUAGAAAUUGGAAUAAAUCAAGUUUAACCCCUGAUAAGGAAAACAAACUAAUUAACAACAGUUCUCCUGGUGAGGCUAAAUUUGCCAAACUGGAACUUGAUUUUAAUUGUCACCAAAAAUCAGAAGCAACUUCUGAACAAAAGGUUACUGUGAAAGCUCAUUCUGCAAACUGGCUAACACAGUGGAGCAAUGGUCGUCAAGAAGAGCAUGGUGAGAGAAGUAUUCCACUGCCUGAGAAGGGAGGCAAAAACUUUGUUGAAAACACAGAUUCAAUCAUAACCACCGUUUCUGAUGAAGAAUCACAAGCCUAUGGUUUACAACCACAGAGAGAAGAUAAUUACAAGCCAGGAAAGAGCAUUUUGACUUAUUUCAAACCAGUCAGCCAUUCCUAAAAUGUUUUUUAGAACUUACAAGAAUUGACAAUUUAGAAAAUUAUUCUACAUCAACAAUCAUCACAGCUAUCAAAAGACCUUUCAAGAAAACAUGGAGAUUACAG